GCAUUUCUUUUCUUUUCCCCCCCUUUAUUCAUCUCCCCCACUCUAAAAACCAACAAUAUGCCUGAACUCAAAUCCUUCACCAGAGAAGAAGUCGCCAAACACAACAUCGAAGGUGAUUGCUGGAUCAUCAUCGACUCUGAAGUCUACAACGUCUCUACCUUUGCUGACAUGCACCCCGGUGGUGCCAAACUCUUGAUCGAGUUUGGUGGACAGGAUGUGACCGACGAUUUCUACGGCCUCCAUCGCCAGGAAGUCCUGAUCAAGUACGCCCCUAAGCUUAGAAUCGGUACCAUUUCUGGUGAAAAGACAAAGGUCAAGAUUGCCCAGCCCGGCGAUAUUUCUGCAGUUCCUUAUGCUGAGCCUAGCUACUGGAUGGGAUUCAAGAGCCCUUACUUUAACGACUCUCACACUGAGUUCCGUAAGGCCCUUCGUAAUAUCUACUCUGGUAUCCGUGCCGAAGCUCUUCAGUGCGAAGAAGCUGGUAAGAACCCCUCCAGUGAGAUUUACCAAUUCUUGGGUUCCGAGGGUGUCCUUGCAACCCAGAUCGGUCCCGGUCCCUGGUUGAAGGGUCUUAAGCUUCCCUCUGGAAUCAAGGGCGAGGACUUUGAUUACUUCCACGAAUUGAUUGCUCACCAGGAGACUGGCCGUCUCGGUGCUCCCGGUUUUGCUGAUGGUAUCUCUUCUGGUUACAGCAUUGGUUUACCUCCUGUUCUUAACUUUGGUACAGCAGCCAUGAAGGCAAAGGUUGUUCCUGAAGUUCUUUCCGGAAAGAAGCGUAUUUGUUUGGCCAUCACUGAACCCUACACUGGUUCUGAUGUCGCCUCAAUCCGUACAACUGCUGUCCGCACUGCCGACGGAAAGCAUUUUAUCGUCAACGGUGUCAAGAAGUGGAUCACCAACGGUACAUUUUCUGACUACUUCAGUGUUGCUGUGCGUACCGAGAAGGGCAUUACCAUGCUCUUUAUCGAGCGUGACGACAACAUUGAGACCAAGCCCAUUAAGACUUCUUACUCUGCUGCUGCUGGUACUUCUUACAUCACUUUUGAGAACGUCAAGGUCCCUGUUGAGAAUAUUCUUGGUAAGGAAGGUCAGGGUUUCCAGGUCAUUAUGUACAACUUCAACCACGAACGUUGGUAUAUUUGCGGCUCUAUUACCGGUGGUACUCGUGACGUAAUCGAGGACUGCUUCAAGUGGGCUAACCAGCGCAAGGUUUUUGGGAAGCGUCUUAUUGAUCAGCCUGUCAUCCGUAACAAAUUGGCUAGCAUGGUUUCACAAUUGGAGGCUGUUGAAAACUGGCUUGAGAACAUUACUUUCCAGAUGUGCAAUAUGUCCUAUGCUGAACAAUCUGUUAAGUUGGCUGGUCCUAUUGCUCUUCUCAAGUAUCAGUGCACUCGUGUCGCUCACAACGUUUCUGACGAUGCAUGCCAGAUCUUUGGUGGUCGUGGUAUUACCCGUACUGGUAUGGGUAGAUCUAUCGAGGCUUUCCAAAGAACGUACAAGUUCGCUGCCAUUUUGGGUGGUAGUGAGGAGAUUAUGGCUGAUCUUGGUGUUCGUCAGGCCAUGAAGCAGUUCCCCAAGGGUGCUAGACUUUAAUUGAUGUGAACCUUCCAAGAAGAAUAAGAUAACCCCUUACCAAAAGAAAAUGAAAGAGCACAUAACUUUCUUAUGUUUCCGCUACUUUCACUUUUUUGUUAUAAAAUCAUUCACAAUAUAUACGUUUCUUUCAAUAUUUUUUUUUCUUAAAAAGAAAGUUCCAAUAUCUUUAUCUAUAAAUAAUAGUCCUUUUUGGCUACUCGACCUCUGUGUGUGUUGAAUUUGCAGUAAAAUAAACAAUACAUAUGUAUAUA